AUGGUCCGGAGUAGCGAAUUGGUUGAAGUGUUCACCCAAGUCAAAGACUUGUUAAAAAUCAAUGGUAAUCGGAGUAUCUGGUCGUAUCCGUCACGAGAGAAAACAUUGGAAAUUUCAUCUGAAUCAGUUAACUUAACAAUUAAAAAUGGUCAAUUAGAAUUUGAUCCGGUAAAUAAUGAAUCUAAAAAUUCGACAGAAAGGUUUAAGCAAUUAUUGACGCUUAUAAAAGAUGGUGAAGAUGAUAUUUCCAUUAGAGAGUUUGCAUUGGGACUAAAUGAAGGCAUGGGCAAACACGCCAUUGUCCAAGAUAUAUUUGCAUUUGAACGACAAGAUGGUAUAUUUAUGCAAAGCAUAUCUAGAUCAGCGUUUCCGAAAUGGGGUUUCAUGGAACUCUGGGGUUCCGUGAAGUGA